GUCUGUGGGGCUGGGGUAAGAUCAGUGAAGUUCGUUAAAGUGUAAACACUUGUUAAUAAUGAAAGUGAGGAAAGAGAAGGUUAAGGGGAAGAAGAAGAUCAUUCCAGAGUCGGAUUCUGAUUAUGGAUCAUCAGACGAAGAGUUGCAGGAGGCCUUUGCCAAGGGCCUGUUGAAGCCGGGGCUGAACACGAUUAUCGAAGAGGAGAAGAAGAGCAGAAAGAACAAUGUUGCCCAGCUGAAGAGGAAAACCGAAGAAAUGAAGCUGAAGCUACCGUGGCUGGAGCGAUUAGACAUCGUGAAUCCCCCAGCUCCCCUGGCCCCGGAGCUAGCACUCCAGAUGCAGGAGACGGAGGAUCGUCGACAGCGUCUGUCAAAGGGGAACAAGAAGCUGCCCCAGUACAAACCAGGCGAGGACCCACUCGUCAACGACUUCAAGCGGGAGACGAUGUUUCAUCGUCAGGCUCAGGCAGCUGUCGUUGAUGGCCUCGCAAGGGUUAAAAAAAUGGGAAUCCCCACCAUUCGCCCCGAAGACUAUUUCGCUGAGAUGGUGAAGACUGACGAGCACAUGCACAAGAUCCGGGAGAACCUGGCGAGGAAGCAACAGGCGACUCAGAGGUCCGAGAAGGUGAGGCAGUUGAGGCAGCAGAGAAAGGUCGGGAAGCAGAUGCAGAUUGAGGCGACUUUGAAGAAACACGCGGAGAAGAGGAAAAUGUUAGAUGAGGUGAAGAAGUACAGGAAAGGAGUCAGAAAGGAUUUGGAUUUCCUCGAUGACAAAAAGAAGCCUGGGAACAGAGGAAAAGGGGACAGGCCUGGGCCUAAGGGGAGGAGGGCAGUCGAGAAGGCGAGGAUGAAGAAUUCAAAGUUUGGAUUUGGAGGAAAGAAGAGAGGAAGCAAGAUGAAUACCAAGGAGAGUGCUGCUGAUGUUUCUGAUUGGAAGAAACCCAGCAAGUUCCCGACCAAAGGAGGAAAGGUCAAGAAGAUGGCGAAGAAAGCCACCAGGCCGGGAAAAAAUAAGAGGGUCAGCAUGAAGGCGAGGAGAAAGUAACUUUAAGUGAUUGAGUUUUUUUUUUUGUAAAAUAAAUUAGUUUUAAGUCGA